AUGGAGUGGCCCUUGCUCCUUUUCACCUUCUUUACUUGCUGCUCAGGUGAAGAAAACCUUUCCUUCAUGCUCUUGUCCUCUACAGAGGAAGGAAGGCAGCUAUCUCAUAUUUGGUGGAAUAUUGGUCUAUUGAGCUUAGGGUUGCCUGCACUGACUGGCAGAGUUUCUGUUCUGUGCCGCGCCUGGCGCUGUCAGUAUACAGAAAGCAGAUGCUAGACAACUAAAUUGUGCCCCUUCCACAUUAUUCUGGUCUGAUUCAUUGGUUUACUUGUGUUGCAGCAAACAAACACUUAUUGCUUCCUUCACAAAUCUCCAUUUCUCACCUCUGCAGGGUCCUUCGCCCAGUUCACCCUGGCGCAAUCGGCUACUCAGUCUGCAUCCCUCGAAGGUACAGUUCAAAUCUCUUGCACAAUCAGCAGUGGCUACCACUUUCGAGCUUUCGGUUCGUAUCAACAAAAAGAUGGAAAGAGCCCGAAUUUUAUCCUGUGGCGGAACAUAGUAAAAGACAAGACAGAUUUUGGACCAGAAUUCUCUAGCCGCUUCUCUCCUUCCAAUGAUGCCUCAAAGAAAGUGGCCAAUUUAACCAUCACCAACGUGCAGGCAAAUGAUGAGGCUGACUAUUACUGUCUUGCUGUAGCUGGAGGCAAGUCACACAGUGAUAAAACCAGAAGGGGAACCUGACUCAAAAGUGCUUCCCUUUUCUCUCUGUUGAUGGUCUCACAUUGCCAAAGUCAUUUUUCCCAGACUCCCUUUUCCCUUCUCCGCAUUUCCACCCUCCUUUUCAUUUUAAACAAAAUCUUUUUGCCAAGCAUAAAGCUGAAUGUGUGAGAGCUAAAUAUGUGUGUUUCUUGCGGGAUGCUUACUUACAAAUUGUGCAGUUUGGGUCUUGUUGAUUUUUGGUAAACCUCUAUGUUGCCUGUUAUCCCAGCUUUUCCCUGUAGGGGGAGAUAUCAGCCCUUUGUCCCCCAAUUAUUGCAGAAAUCUAUUAUAUCAGACACCACCUGUACACCCUGCUGCUCUGCUGUGAAGUGAAGCAGAAGCACGUUUGGCAGACAUGAGCAACACUGUCAGACGCUUCCUGUUCACUCACAGAUCAACUAUCCACUGGCAUUUUCCUUUGCAUGGGACUGGGACUUUGUACUGGCCCUGCAUCCCGUACAUCCUGCCUCAAUGGAUGGUCUUGCCUUUCAGCUCUUACGAUCCACAUGGAUUUAGGCCAUGUUUUAGAAAAGUACCACAAUCCUUGUGGAUUCUGAAAACUUCAAGAUGAAGAAUUAAGGUUCUGGGUCCCAACUAAAGACAAAUGGCAACUGGAACUGAUGGAACAUGCGCAGCUUACAGACUUAGCAUAAGAGAACAAGAAGAACAUACAUUUAGAGAAGAUUGGAAAACAUUUACUGUAUAUAUAUGGGACAUAACUGUGUACAACUGAAAACGCUGGCAGCAUUAAGAUCAAUUCAACAGUGUAAAUAAGUUUUGAUGGAUGCAAUAAGGGAAUACUGAAUGGUAUGCUUUUUGUAAAAUGUUCAGGGGUUUAUGAUACGUAAAAUCAACCAUGGAAAGAGGAGACGGGAAGUCAUGGAUAUCUAAAGGAUGUGAAACUGAGUACUUUAAAUUGUAAAACAGAAAAUUUAAUAAAUUCAUUAGAAAGAAAGAAAAAGAAAAGAAGCAGCGAGCAGAACGAAACAGAUAUGCCUCUAAAAAGGCGUGGCUGGCUCACACUCUGAAGAGAAGCCCUCCAUGCUGCAAAGCGUGUUCUCCUUCAUGGAGAGCACGUGUUGCAGUGUGGGCCGACAGGACACUCCAAAGUUGUGGGGCGGGCUAAUUGAUCGUUGGCCACUGGUGUGAUUGGGCUUCCCUUGUCGUUGGGAAGAAGUUAAUGUUACCAUUUGUUGAUUGACAGCCAGAAAUGCUAAAACUCCUUGCACGAGGCUAGACCUUCCUCUUUUUGCCCGUGCAUCAGAUUGCCCGUCCCCCCCUCCCUAUAUUUAGGGUUGUUCGCUUUGACCUUUGUAUGCCUGUCAUGGGGUCGUCUGCUCUUGGGGCAGGGGCCCGGUAGGAAUUUUGUCCAUCUGGCUGAUUGGCUGGGGCCAUUUGGUUUUUGCCUACUGCGUAGCAAAUCGUCACACUUUGUAAGGUUGCGGUUAGGUAUUUGUUUAUGGCUUGGUUGGUUGAGGGGCAUGGAUUGGCUGUGCCUGCCCCUCUAAUGCUGCUGCUGCUGCGAGGGAUUCCGUUAGAGGAAUCAGGGGCUCACUAUUGCUUUUGUCCACCCUAGCAAGGGGCUUGGGCCAUGCAAAAGCCCCUGGUUGCAUUAGGGGAGUGUUGAGGGCAGGUUCCCUGCUCCGUCGCUACCCCCAAGUGUAUUCCCCUUUUCUGACUUUCACAGCCGUGCGGUAUGUCAGUCCCAUGGGGGGGGGGCAGAUAGUCGCAACCAAUGCCUAAGCAACCACUCACAUUGUUGUAUUUUAAUAAAGUUGUGGCCAAAAUCAUGCCCAAAACCUUAAACAAAAAUUCCUGUGUGAUGUGUGAGUUAUUGGGGUGGCCAUGCAAUGUUUGGUUGCAGGAGACACUUAUAUGUAGAUACGGAGACCUUCUGCAAAUUCAUUCUAGAUUCUAGCCAAUGAGGAAGAGCCAGCAGAUUUGCAUGAGAGACCCAUUCUGGGUAUUUGAGAGGGAGCGAGCGUUGGAGAAUAGCAAUGGGCACCCCUUGACCUCAGGACCCGGGACAGCACAGACAGGAUGGAGUGGCCCUUGCUCCUUUUCACCUUCUUUACUUGCUGCUCAGGUGAAGAAAAUCUUUCCUUCAUGCUCUUGUCCUCUACAGAGGAAGGAAGGAAGCUAUCUCAUAUUUGGUGGAAUAUUGGUUUAUUGAGCUUAGGGUUGCCUGCACUGACUGGCAGAGUUUCUGUUCUGUGCCGUGCCUGGCACUGUCAGUAUGCAGAAAGCAGAUGCUAGACAACUAAAUUGUUCCCCUUCCACAUUAUUCUGGUCAGAUUCAUUGGUUUACUAGCGUUACAGCAAACAAACACUUAUUGCUUGCUUCACAAAUCUCCAUUUCUCACCUCUGCAGGGUCCUUCGCCCAGUUCACCCUGACGCAGUUGGCUACUCAGUCUGCAUCCCUGGAAGGUACAGUUCAAAUCUCUUGCACAAUCAGCAGUGACUACGAGUUUGGAGGUUUCGAUUGGUAUCAACACAAAGCAGGAAAUAGCCCAAGUUUUAUCCUGGUGCGGAACAUAGAAGAAGACAAGACAGAUUUUGGACCGGAGUUCUCCAGCCGCUUCUCUCCUUCCAAUGAUGCCCCGAAGGAAGUGGCCUAUUUAACCAUCACCAAUGUGAAGUCAGAGGAUGAGGCUGACUAUUACUGUGCUGCUGGGGAUGGAGACAAGUCACACAGUGAUAAAACCAGAAGGGGAACCUGACUCAAAAGUGCUUCCCUUUUCUCUCUAUUGAUGGUCUCUCUUAUGUACUGAAGUUCUCACCCUGGGCCAGCAGGGGGAUACUGUAGAUAUUUUUCACUCAGGUCCACGUCAGUUAUUUUAGGCAGGAAACCCUGGGUUGUUGUUGCUACAAUGUUGACAGCCGGCUGCCUAUAAAAGCUGGAAUUGUAAUGGUUUGAACUCUCCUCGAAAGAGAAAAAGUGUUUUUCAUUUACUAAAAAAGGAACAAUUGGAUUUGAUUUGUCUACAAGAAACACAUGUAACAAGGCUACACAGGAAACUACUGAUUAAUAAGAGACUGGGACAGGAGUUUAUCUCAUCUGGCAAAGUCAAAAAAAGAGGAGUUGUGAUAUAUGCAAAGGAGAGACUAUCACCGAAAUUAAUUUUUAAAGAUGACCAAGGAAGAUUUUUGGCAAUUGAAAUUCAAAUUCAAGGAGAGAAAUUUUUGAUAGUAGGAAUUUAUGCACCGAAUGAGGGAAAUCUGAAUUCUUUAAAAAGUUGCAUGAGACCUUAUUGGAUUAUUUGGAUUACAAUCUGAUUUUGAUGGGGGACAUGAAUGGAGUAGUAUCUACAAACAUGGAUAAGGCACAGAGACAGGUAGUUACCAAGGAUGGUAGACUACCGAAAACAUUUUUUUGAGAUGAUAGACAAUUUUGAUUUAGUGGACACUUGGAGAACAAAGAACCACUUGGGAAGAGAGGGAACCUUCUUUUCUGAAGCUAAAAUGACAUGGACUAGAAUUGACCAAAUAUGGGUAACUAGAGGAAUGGCACCAAAGAUAAAGAAAGUGGAAAUCUGCCCAAAAACCUGCUCCGACCAUAAUGCGGUAAGGAUGGAGUUGAAACUAACAUCAACUGGCUCCUUCAGAUGGAGGAUGAAUGAAACCCUAUUUAGAGAUGAAGAGGUUUAUAAAAAGGCCCCAAAAACCUUGAGAGACUAUUUUGAAAUAAAUAUGAAUACUAAUGUAGAAAAAAGAGUAAUCUGGGACACAAGUAAAGCUGUAAGGAUUUGCUGAACCAACAAACUGAACUGGAAUACAAAAAAGGGAGGUAUGAGGGGGUCUGGGAAACAAGCAAAUGAAAGAUAAGUGAUUGAAAGACUGAAUUGUUUUUAACUAUUUUUUUUUUUUUUGUAUUUUUCUUUUUUCUUUUUCUAUUUUGUAAUAUUUUGAAAAUCCUAAUAAAUAUCUUAUAAAAAGAAAUAAAAGCAGGCCGGCUGAGCUGUUUGCUGUUCAGUUCUGUCCAGCUUACAAAUAAAGAGCUGCUCUGGAGAAAUCGCUGUGUCGUCUGCUAUGUUCGCCCACAACUUAACCCUGGCGACGAAGGUGGGAUCGAUGGACAUCAGAGCACAGCCAGAUGUAGCCACCCUCUGAGCAGAGCUGAAUCACUGAGCGAAAUCACUGAACAGAACCAAUUCAGAGCUGACUGUUCUGGCUAGAGCACGGUGUUCCAUCCAUCGCCCUUCACGCCGGCAUCGGAAUCAUGGCUUCACUUGUGCCUCUACCGCCGUUUGCGCCAGCCUCUGAAUCAUGGGACUCCUACCUCGCUCGGUUCGACUGCUACCUCCAAGCCAACGAGCUGACGCAAGUAUCACAGGAGCGUAAGCGGGGCCUAUUCCUCAGCCUCUGUGGGCCUGAGGUGUUUGAGACGGCCCGAGCAUUGGUUGUGCCUGAAGCAGUCCAGGCAACACUGUGGGACACGAUCCAAGAGAAGCUCCGCAACCACUACGCACCAAAGCCGUCCAAGAUUGCUGCCCGCCAUGCGUUCUACCACCGGAACCAGGCAGCGGGGGAGUCAAUCAACAACUACACCACCGCCCUGCGACAGGCUGCAAUGCACUGCGAGUUCCGAGACUUAGACGAUGCCCUGAUGGAUCGAAUCGUCUGCGGGGUCCGGGACAUCCAUCUGCAAUGGCGUCUCCUCGCCAAGCCAGACCUCAUGCUACAGAAAGCCACUGAGGAGGCUGUAGCCUCAGAAGCUGCUGAACACUCCGCCCAGGAGAUCCGCAAGUCCAGCAUCCCGCGUCUUGCUAGGAAGCCAGUUCCAGUGCAUCAUGAAGAGGCCAGCAGUGAUGAGGCAUCCUCCAGUGAAGACGAUGACGUGCACCAGACAAAGCGGGAGCGCAGGAAGUUCCAACAGAAGUCCAAGGGCCAACUGGAAUGUGCCGGCUGCGGAGGCAACCAUUCCCGUGCCAAGUGUCGAUUCAGAGACGCCAUCUGUUGGAAGUGUUCCAGAAGGGGCCACAUCGCUAAGGUCUGCCGAUCGGCUCCGUCUGACACCCCCCCUUCACCGACUCGCAAGUCCAAGUCUUCAGUCUGCCAAGGAAAGCUGUUUCACUCUCACCAACUGCCGCUGCCCGUCUGGAACCACAAUUGGCCAAACCGACUCGCCUACACGACGCAAGCUGAACGUCACGGUGCUCACUGAAGGAGUUCCAUGUGACAUGGAGAUUGACACCGGGUCUGCCCUGUCCAUCGUGUCUUGGAGCACCAUCAAAAGACUGGUACCCAGAGUGUCCAAAAGGCAACUCGACUCUCACCGCGUACACCUGAGAGACUACCAGGGAAAUAACAUUCCCGUGGUAGGCGUUGGCCAGUUCCGGAUCGCCUUCAAGGAUUUUUCGGGCCUGCUCCGACUGGUGGUGGUAGAAGGUCAGCGGCCAAGCCUCCUAGGGCUAGACUGGUUUGAUGCCCUCGGCCUGGAAGUCACCGGCAUCAACUGCAUCUCUAACGCAGAGACUGGCAUGAGCGGGUCGCGUAACACUUGUUCGUGCAACACAUCACCCCUCAUGCGGCCACAGGGUGGAGUCCUGCUGAACUGCUUAUGGGCCGCCGCCUCAGGUCACCGCUCGACCAGCUGCACCCGGACUUUGCCGUGGCCGAACCCCCAGGCUGUGCCAACGCGCCACGGUCAUUUGUUCCAGGAAACCAGGUCUUUGCCCGGAACUAUGUGGGGGACAUUCCUUGGGUGCCAGCCACAGUAGUGGGAGUCACUGGACCUCGCUCGUACCAGGUGGCACUCGAAGACGGACGCUUGUGGCGCCGGCACAUAGACCAGCUUAGGCGCAGGGUUGGGGACUUGGACAGUACCGUGGUGCCCCCAACUGCGCUCGUGGCUCCAGAAGAGACACUUAAAGAUGGCGAGGCUCCACCUACACCUCCCUCGCAAACUGCCAGCGUGGAGCCGAUCCAAGCCGCUUCAGAGGGUCGGCCAGACUUACCACAGACUCAGACCACUCCACUUGCGGAGGCUCCACCCACAGCAGCGGAUCCAGGGGAUUUGGUUUCAACGCCACCUAGGGUCGCACCACAGCCUCAGCAAGAAUUGUGUGGCCCCCCGGACUUGGCUACCAGUCCCCGGCGGUCUGGCAGAGUUUCCAAGCGCCCAACUUAUUUAAAGGACUAUGUUGUUGGACAUGUAUCACUGUUGGUCUAA